ACUUUCAAAAAAGUUUUUCCACCGCUCUUUCCCUCUUCCUCUUUCUCCCUCGUUCCCCCCUCCUCGGCGUCAGGUGACUUUUUAGAAUUGUAGUAGAACCAGGAGAGCUUGGAGGCUUUGGGGGAGCCCAGUAAUGGACUCUGCUGCACUCUCCAAACGGAACACGGCGCUGAAAUUACUAGGCUUGGCAGGGGCUCCUCGUCAUCGUCAUCACCGCCACCAUCACCACUCCCCUCAGAGCAUGACAGGCUUCGCCGGGCAUCCCCACUCCAUGGUUCCCACGCACCCUGGGGAGUACGCUGCAGAAAGCCGCCUCGGGCUGAGUCCAUUCCGGUCAGAACACAUGGGGCACCACCACCAUCCUCUCCAUCAUCAUCAUCAUCACCACCACCACCGCCACCACUCUCAUCCUCCUCAUCACUCAGCGGCCCUUAAGCUCAGCCCUGCCCCUCAGCCUCAUCCCCACCGUCCUGUGACAGGCCAAGCCGAGGUGGUACCCAGUCCAGCAGGAGCAUUUGGCCCGGCGCAGUCAACAACAGUCCCUUACGCAGUCCCUCACCCAAGUCAUGUUCUUUCAUCAGGUAGGGAAUUCUUCCUGCGCAGAGAUCUGACAGCCCCAGUCAUGCCAGGGCUCCCUUAUCAACACUCUGCUGCUACAGGUUCUCACCAUGGAAUGUUUGUCUCAACAACAGGUAGCUACCCCGGACAACAUGCUCACCACCACCACCACCACCUCCACCACCACCACUCAGAAGCCGGAACUCCCUCGCUUUUUACUGGACUCCACCAUGAGCAACCUCCCCAUGCAGCUCCAGGUGGCCAUCUAAACGGACAGAUAAGGCUGGGGCUACCUGGAGAAAUGUAUGCCAGGUCUGAACCUUUCACGCCAGUACCAGUCUCCAGGACAGAUCCUUUUGCUGCUUCCUCCUUCCACGGCUACGGUGGCAUGAACCUGAACGUGAAUUUAGCUCCACACCACGGCCCUGGGGCUUUCUUCCGCUACAUGAGGCAGCCCAUCAAGCAGGAGCUCAUCUGCAAGUGGAUCGAACUGGACCAGACUCCCAAAAAAUUAUGCUCGAAAACUUUCAGCACCAUGCACGAGCUGGUGACACACGUCACCGUGGAGCACGUUGGAGGGCCGGAGCAGUCCAACCACAUUUGCUUCUGGGAAGAGUGUCCCAGAGAAGGGAAGCCUUUCAAGGCCAAAUACAAACUGGUCAACCACAUCCGAGUCCACACGGGGGAGAAACCUUUCCCGUGCCCUUUCCCGGGAUGCGGGAAAGUCUUCGCUCGCUCGGAAAAUCUCAAAAUCCACAAAAGGACGCACACAGGCGAGAAGCCCUUCAAGUGCGAGUUCGAGGGCUGCGAGCGCCGCUUCGCCAACAGCAGCGACAGGAAGAAGCAUUCCCACGUGCACACGAGCGACAAGCCCUACAACUGCAAAGUGCGAGGCUGUGACAAGUCCUACACGCACCCCAGCUCCUUGCGGAAGCAUAUGAAAGUCCACUGCAAGUCCCCACCUCCCAGCUCGGGCUACGAGUCGUCCACCCCGUCGCUGGUGUCGCCGUCGUCGGACUGCGGCCGGGAGCCACCUCAGCCGCCUCCCCCGCCACCGCCGCCACCGCCUCCCGCAGCGGCUUCCUCCACCCAGGCGGCAGCGAACCUGAGCGAAUGGUACGUGUGUCAGAGCUCAGGGGCCAGCGGCAUCCCGACUCCACCCAGUAACUCUCCGUCACCUCACCCGGGAGAGGCCGCUUACACGAACUGCGAGCCCCGGCCCACUUAUUAAAGUCAAUACGAUGUCUAUCCCGUUGCUCUCAAGGUAAUCUAGACAGAGGCAGCUGAAAAGCCCCGCAUCUUAUGCCUUAGACAUCAAAGCAGUCUCUCACAAUGAAAGUAUUUCUUCGCAACGGUGAAUCUUCAUGGUGAGUUAAGAUUUCUAUAGCAAUAGGCAAGUCAUACUUAAAAAGAGUGAAAAGCGAAGUCUGGAGCCCGUCCAGUCUUUUCAUGAAGGACAUAAUAUUUAGGUCUAACAGAUUCUCUCUCUUUCUCCCCAUCCCCUCGCGGCUCAGUUUCUUUCUCCCAUCCUCACCAAUGUAUAUAUA